AUGGAGAGAAGGCUUGAUCUGCUGGAAACCAAACUUAGCAACCUUACCAACGAGCUGAAUGGAGGCAGUUUCCAAAAUUAUCUGUCUGAUUUCAUUAAAUCUCACAUUGAUGAAUGACUUUCAGAUACUCUCACAGUAAGCUGCAUAAAAGAAGAAAUUGAGAGAAGAUAUAAAAGAAAUCGAACUGAGCUACUAGAAUUUGUGAAAACAAACAAUAACACUCAGCAUGAAGUCAGAGAGCUUCAACAUAAGUUCAAAGUUUGCUUUGAAGAUAUUCAAAGGCUCCGUGUUUCAAUAGACGAUGUUUCUAACGAUCUUAAAUACAGAGCAUAUCAGUCAGAUUUGUUUAAGGUUGAAAAAGAGCUCCAUACAAUGUGCCCGCUGUCUUAUGCUCAGCAGCUAGCUGCUGAACUAAGAACAAUGGCAACUGCUGAAGAGCUUAUAUCCUAGAAAUAUAAAUCGUUCAAUUAUUCUGGCAGUUAAUGUAAAUAAAAUAGUUAGCUGCUUAAAAAAAUGAAAAAUCUCAUGCAUAUAAAGUAUAUUAAGACACAAAACAAUAUAAAAGCUGCAACUGCUGAAAUGUACUCAACAUUUCUAGACAAAAGUGAACUUAAAAAAGAAAUGUCUCGCAUUCAGAAUCUUGUUAAUGAAUUGUUCUAUGGAUAUGCAAAAACUGAAAAAGUCAAUGAAAUUAGCGAAGCUUUAAGUGAAAGAUGCAACCAAAUAGAGCUUACUAACAAAAAAAUCUCUGAGCAGCAAGAAAAAUCUGCUGCGAAUCUGAAACUUUUAAUUUACGAAAAUUCCCAAGAAUUAUCAACUAGGGUCAAAAGAGAAGAUAUGGAUGAAGUUCUGAAAGAGCUUUCAUACAAAGCCACAAUUGCUGAAUUUUGCAAGCUUCAGUCUGAAACUUAUCCACGAUUAACAAAUUUCGCUAUUGAUUUAGAAAAGUUCAAUAGAAUCCAACAAGAACAAGAAACCGCUCUAAGCCGACUUGAUGAAAUUAUCCUCCAAAAAGCAUCAAAAGUAGACGUUAGAGAUUUAACAAACAAAGUAAAAUCAAUCACAAAGCAUAUUGAUUUGGAGCAAAAAAUUGACGAUUUAUUAGAAAAAAUAAAAUUCAUAUCAUAUCAAGAUGAAGAAAGAGAUAAAGGAAUGAAAAAACUUCAAAAUCAAUUACAUGAGAUCUGAGACUUUUAUACUAAAAAGAGAAAUGAUGCAGAUGAUCGAAAAAUGAUAAAGGAUCAGAUCAUUGAGCUCAAUUCGAUACUUUCUUAUAAAAUUGAUAAAGAUGAUGUUGCUAAAAGUCUAGAAGAAAAAGCUACGGUGGAAAGUGUGAAAAGUUUGUCAGUUUCAAUUGAAUCGGUUCAUAAGCAGAUGAAGCUUCUUGCUGUGCAGCUUGGAGCUAUUCAAAAAACAUUUUCAAGCUCAAAUAAUGAUAAAGGAAGCACAAGAUCGAAAAGGGACCAUUUUUAUAAGAUAACACAGAGAUUGGUGGAAUAUAUAGUUCGCUCUCAGCCAAUUGCUGAUAAGUCAGUAGGGGAAGAGUUCAAGUCUUUUCUUAGGCUUCCUGAAACAAUAAAAGUGACUUCUCCUGAGCCGUUGAGGACGAUGACCCCAAACAAUCGUUUGCUGACUCCUCAUCGUAAAAUUUAUUACUCGUUUGAGAAUCCUGUAUAA